GCAACUAACCUAAAUGUUUAUUUAAUUUAUUUACAAUUAUAUUUAUUAAGAAAUUCACUAAAAUAUUAAAUAAUGGAUAAAAGUGAUAGUGAUACUUGUUAUUUGGAAUUAUCUAAGGAUCCUAUUCGUUUCGAAGCUGUUAAUCAAUUGACGAAUGUCUUCUUCGAUGACUCCAACAAAGAUGUAUUUGCAGUUCGAUCCGGAGGUGUUAUGGGCGUAGUAGUUAAAAACGCUGAAUCCGAAUCAAAGUAUUUAGAUUUUCGUAUGGAAGAUCACGGAUCUGUUCUAUCCAUAAAAUUCUCUCCUGACCACAAAAUCCUGGCUGUUCAGAGAGGAACCAAUUCCGUAGAGUUUAUGAACUUCGAUGGCACGGCUCUAGACACUGAAUAUUCCCAAACAUGCAAAAAGAAUUGCAAUAUCCUUGGAUUCGUGUGGUCGCAAGUUAAUGAAAUUUCAUUCAUAACCGAUCACGGUAUAGAAUUAUACAUGGUCAUACCGGAUAAAAAAUCCUUGAAACACUUAAAAACCACAUCGGCAACAGUGCAGUGGUUCGUUUGGUGCAAUUCAAACAAACUAGCCCUUCUCGCUUCUCAUCACGGAUCCCAUUUGUUACCUGUGAUCAUCAAAAAUGGCACCACAAAUAAACUCAAUAAAGUGGAUACUGAACCAGGUAAAAUGGCCCUCGAAAGAGAUAUAACUUUGGCUACUCUUUAUGGAACUCCCGCUGUAUUGAUAUUGAGGCAUCAGAAUGGUCCAAAUGCAGCUGAAGUGCAUGUUCAUACAUUAAAUGGCCCUGGAAUGUCUCCUGUGAAAUCUCACGUGUUAAAACUGGGAUUAACAGGCAGAUUUGCGAUCAAUAUCGAAGAUGAUAUUAUCUUAGUUCAUCAUCAAGCUUCAAGAAGUUCUGUGAUAUUCGACAUUGCUUUGCCAGCUGAAAAUGAUGGUACUGUUCAAUAUCAUUCUCCUGCAGCCUUUGCCAGGUCAAUAAAACCCGCCAGUAUUACUUUACCUGGACUUAGAGACAACGAAAUUCAUUAUUGUGAACUUUAUUCUCCGAAUUGGGUAGUAUUCCAGCCGAAUAUUAUAAUAGACGCGAAAUUGGGUUGUUUGUGGCACAUAAAACUCUGUUUACCAGAACUAUGCGAAAAUAUAGCAGACUUGAGGAAAUGCACUCAAGUAAUGUUGAAAAGAACCGAAGGAAAAACAGUUUUAUUAAACGUGCUAUUAAAAUACAUAAAACAAGCCAAACCGAAAUUCGACGUUCUUCAAGAAUCCUUCAAUCACAUCAACUACAUAUACAGGGAUUUCAUCGAAGCGGAACUCCAACCGAACAUCGGCACAUCGCCCGGCGCCCCGAUCGUCCCCAAAAACCUCUCCCUUCACAGGGUGCUCGUCGAUCAAGACGACAUGAUGAACGAGAUAUUCCAAAAACUCGAUCCUGAAAAGGAUUUACCCAAAAUCGAAUGGCUGUCGCUCAGCUACCUAGCUUCGCUGUCCGAAUGCAGCAUAUCGGCCCAGUACAACUUAACCGAAUUACUAGUGACUUGUCUCGCGAGGCAGAAAAAAUUCACGGUGCUCCAGCAGAUGCUGCAAUACGGGGCGAUAGCGGAUUCGAAGCCGCUGGCCUGUUUGCUGUUGUCGUUGGGCAACAUGCAUUCGGGGGCCUCGCAAAUGGCCUUGGACAUGUUGGCGAGGAUGGACGCCAGAGAGGAGAUUCAGGAGGUCCUGCUGAGCGACGGGCAAGUGCUGUCAGCUUUGAAGUUAGCCGAUAAGACUGCUAAUCCGAGGAAGUUUUUAUCCGUGGCCGAGCAGUCGGGUGAUUUGACGCUGUUCCACAGCGUUCUGAUUCAUUUGAAGAACAAUCCCGAUUUUGCUGGGGCUUUUCAAAAAGAUGAACGAUUGAUGAAUUUUAUUCAACAGUACAAUAAUAUGUUUGAUAAAAAUAAGAAAUCCGAAAAUACUUUAAAUCAAUAGCCUAAAAUCAAGUGGAAGAAAAAAAACUUCAUGUAAUUAUGUAAGUACCAAAAAUAAUAAAAACAUAGGUAAUUUUUUCAUCGUAGGUAAGAAAUAUUUACAUUCCUCUAGUCAUUGUAUUUAUA